UUGCUUUAUUGCGAAAUGCGGGGGAAUCGGACAGCAAGUAAAUGAUCCCAAAUACGGUCCCACUCGACAUUACACACUUUGGAUUGUGUGGCUCUCAAUCCCCCUCUUCAUCAAUUCCAGGCAUCCCACCCCCCCAACCCAAACUCGAACUUUUUCUAUUUGGAUGUCAUCGAACUCAUCUCGGUCCUCUCGUUGAUCGAAUUGCUUCCUAGUAUUCGUUGAACUCGAGUUGCUCGAUUAUAAAAGUCAUGCCAGACUGAGAGAGAACAGGGAACAGAGAGGACGAGGAUAGAGACAUGUUGGCUGUGCUAAAGAAUAAGGAGCCUGCUACUGCUGCCAUAAAGCUGUUUGGGAAGACGAUCAAGCUACCCUCAAAUGCGGUUCCUGAUGAUAGGGGCUCCACUCCUGCUCGUGACUGUGUUCUUGAUUCGGAUGAGCGUCCUGAGGGAGAGCUGAUCGAGGGGGAUAAGCCCUCAGAAUGGGAAACUGCGGAAAAUCAGCUAGAAGUUGGCGCCUCGGACUUGAAAGACCCGACACCGACAAUGCCGGGCAAGAAUUCUGAGAAUGAAACGGAUGAAUCCCGAACAGAUCAAAAACUUCUGAAAAAGCCUGACGAGAAAAUCCCAUGCCCACGGUGUGAUAGCUCUAACACCAAGUUCUGUUACUACAACAACUACAACACAAACCAGCCCCGCCACUUCUGCAGGGGCUGCCAGCGGUACUGGACUGCUGGCGGGACCAUGAGGAAUGUCCCUGUUGGCUCAGGCCGCCGCAAAAGCAAGUGUUCCUCCUCAUCACGGUGCUGUCCCAGUAUCAUGUUUGACGCUUCACAGAUUCCCGACUGUAGGAACUAUGGCACCAUCCUCAGCUUCAGCUCGGGAUUUCCUGUCCCGAAUCUCGUGAAGAGAGCAGAAGGUUGCCUCGAGAAUGGCAUCCAGUCUCGAGGAGUAAAUAAUGGCGAUGACUGCUCCAGUGUUUCUUCUUCAGUCACAACUUUGAGCUCAUCCGAGAAGAGGAUGGGAUCCAAAGGCAUAAUGGACCAGAAGUCCAAUCAAGGCUUCCAAAGUCAAGUUCCCUCCUUUCCAGUGUCGCAUUUGAGAUUUCCGGUAUCAUUUUACAGGGGGGAGUCAGAUUGGGGUUGCGCUAAAUUGACACUAGGGAAGCACUCGCGGGAUGGAAAAACCACGAAUUCUUCUUUGAGCAGUAUGUGCACAUCGUCAGAAGAGACUGGAUUUAAAGACAGGAACAAUCCCAAGAAAGGAAGUGCGGAAAAUCUCAGUUCCAUGAAUAGCAAAGAUCCCUUCAGAGGCUUCCAACCGAAUGCCGCUGGUGUUGCUUACACUCCUAAGAUGUCCUUGGUGUUGCAAACCAAUCCAGCGGCAUUGUCCCGGUCACUGGACUUCCAGGAGAGCAGCUGAAGAGAAGCUAGGAAUUUGUCAGGAACGAUAUUCGAAGUGUCUGCUAGCAAUGUACAUUAAGUCUGUGAAUCUUUCUUUUCUAUAAGUUCUGCAAUAUAUCACAAAAUUCUCGCAGAUAUUCCA